GGUGAAUUGUUAAAUCCCUGCCGCUGCGAUGGGUCAGUACGAUACACACAUCAGCUUUGCCUGUUAAAGUGGAUAAGUGAAAGAGGGUCAUGGACCUGUGAACUCUGCUGUUACAGAUACCAUGUUAUAGCAAUUAAAAUGAAGAAGCCUUGCCAGUGGCAAAGCAUUACUAUAACACUGGUUGAGAAAGUGCAGAUGGUUGCUGUAAUCCUAGGAUCUCUGUUCUUAGUAGCAAGUGUGACUUGGCUUCUAUGGUCAGCCUUCAGCCCUUAUGCAGUAUGGCAAAGAAAGGACAUCCUUUUUCAAAUCUGCUAUGGAAUGUAUGGUUUUAUGGAUCUAGUAUGCAUAGGGCUGAUAGUACAUGAAGGUGCAUCUGUUUAUCGAGUGUUUAAGCGCUGGAGGGCCGUGAACCUACACUGGGAUGUGUUAAAUUAUGAUAAAGCCACAGACAUAGAAGAGAGCAAUCGCGGAGAACCCUCAGCGGGAAGGACAUUGUGGUUACCGCUGACUGCAUUUAGAAACAGAAGUUUAGUUCAUCCAACACAGCUAACCUCACCAAGGUUUCAGUGUGGCUACGUAUUGUUACAUCUGUUCAACCGCAUGAGACCUCAGGAAGAUUCAUCAGAAGACAACGGCUCUGGGGAGGUAGUGAUGAGAGUGACCUCAGUGUAA